AAGUCUUAAAUUAGACUCUAACCGGAGAAGAAACCGGCGAGGCGUUUUAUAAUUCCAGAAAGUUCCACUCCGGCUCCAGCGGCUCUGCAGCAGCAGCAGCCAUGUCCUUCUGCUCGUUUUCCGGAGGAGAGAUCUUCAGAGAUCACUUUGAAGCCGGUAAAUAUGUGUGUGCAAAGUGUGGCUACGAACUUUUCUCAAGCAAGACUAAAUACGAGCACUCCACCCCCUGGCCCGCCUUCACCGAGCCCAUCCACGAGGACAGCAUCUCCAAAGUGGAGGAGAGAUGGGGAGCAUACAAGGUCAGUUGUGGAAAGUGUGGUAAUGGCCUGGGUCACGAGUUUGUAAACGAUGGACCCAAACAUGGAGUCUCCCGAUUUUGAAUAUUCAGCAGCUCACUCAAGUUCAUCCCUAAAGAGAAGGGCGGACAGUAGAGUGAGCUGGUGAAUGAAGAGGAGAGGAUGGGUCAGGAUCUGUGGAGUGGCGCUGUUCUGGGACCGGGGUAGACGUUCCAUGAAGUGUUGUGUGAUAAAGCCCACAGUGGACGUUCAGAACGCUGAAGCUCGCGGCUUCCCUGGUGAACAUGGACAAGUCUGCUCCAGACUAUCGUUUGCUGUGUAUUCAUGUCUUCCUAAUCUGGAUAAGUUAAUAAUUACUGUAUGUAGGAUUUUUAAUAUGUGAUAUUGCUGUGAGGAUUUAAUGGCAUUCAGUCAUGAGAGCAUUUGAGAGGUCCUAAUGUAGUGAUAACUGAUGAUUACUUCUAGUGGCAUGGUCAAAAUUAGGUACUGUACACAGUUAAGCAAAAAAAAUUAAAUGAUCUCAGUCAGAUAAUUUUAAACCAGGGGUGUCCAAACUACGGGCCGCUGUUUUUAUAAUGUGAGAUUCAAAGUUUGAACGCUGGGUAUCAGAAACGAGACAACGAGUCUAAAGGCGGAAAGGUUGCGCAUUUCUAGCGCAGAAAAACGGGCCAAAGAGUCUAAAAGCGGAGAGGAUGUGCAUUUCUAGAGCAGAAAAACGGGGCAAAAGAGUCUAAAAGCGGAGAGGUUGCGCAUUUCUAGCGCAGAAAAACGGGGCAAAAGAGUCUAAAAGCGGAGAAAGUGCACAUUUCUAGCGCAGAUAAAUGGGGCAAAAGAGUCUAAAAGCGGAGAGAGUGCGCAUUUUUUGCGCAGAAAAACGGGGAAAAUAGUCUAAAAGCGGAGAGGGUGUGCAUUUCUAGCGCAGAAAAACGGGCCAAAGAGUCUAAAAGUUGCCGUAAUUAAGUAGUUUAAUAUUAAGAGACCUCAUGAAAUUAAACAUCAAUUUGAAAAAUCUUAGUUUACACAACACUGUCAAAGAUAAAGAUAGUUAGUCAAGUAAAAUGGUGUGUAAAUGAAAGUAAUCAGGAAAAAUGUACUAUUUGAAGUGGUAUAUUUCAUUAUUUGUUUUAUUACAGAGUCUGUGGCCCAGGACUUCAAAUAUAUUUCUGCUUCUGGCCCCCAACAACAAAAAGUUUGGACACCCCUGCUUUAAACCAUAUCAGCAAUAAUGUAUUAUUUAUAAAAAGAACCCUAAGAGAUUUAAGCAUUUAGAUACCUUAGACCUCAAUUAGCCUGUUAGGGUUAUGGCCUGUUCACAAUAAUCAUUAGCAUAUUUCAAAGCUCUAUAAACACUCAGGUUCCUGUAUCCUUGUUCCAAGAAACAGCAGCUGUGAGUUCCUCUAAGCAGCUGAACAUGAAUAAACCCACAAAGCAAUAGAAGCCUAUAAGAAGAUAAUAAAGCACUGAAGCUCAUGGCUUCCCUGGUGAACUGGUGAAGUUUGCUCCAGACAAUCAUUUGCUGUCUGUAAAUCCAGUCUUAAAUUUACUAAUGAUUAAACUAUGUAUGCCUUCCUUAUCUAGAUGGGUCACUGAUUAGCAUUUGUAGUUUAUUUUUAUGUGAGAUGUUGGCAGGGGUGCCAAUAAAUAUGCAAAUCACUUUAUAUCUUUAUAUCAAUACUGGACAAACUGUCAAACCUGAAUAAAAAGCUUGUUUGAAACUAAAAGGAAGAGAAAAACGCUGCUUUUGCUAAGAUUGCGUUUUUGCACCAUUUUUUUUCAAGUUUGAAUGAAAAUGAAAAUAUUCACCAUUUGUAUGAAUAUAAAGCUCAAACAAUAAAAGUUGUACUAUUUUACAAA